AACAUUUCUCCUAUAGAUCUACCUCCUAAUUUAUUCAUUGAUUUGCAAGCUCCUACGAAUACUGAGCGUACCAGUCUUGGACAUUUCAAUCCCCGUAGCGGCAUAUUUACAGUUAUCGAGGAUGUUGCAAAACCCGAAGGAAGCGCUUGCUGAUUCCGCUCUCACCUUGAAUGCUCCUGCCCAACCCAUGGCUUCUAGUCCUCGUGCGCCUUACGCCAAUGUGUUAUGUGAAGGCUGGCUGCUCAAGAAGCGUAGAAAGAAGUUGCAAGGAUAUGCCAGACGAUACUUUGUCUUGAGUUCAAGUGGCGUUCUUAGCUAUUCUUUCGAACCAGGUUCCAUUACCCGGGACCAAAUAUCCGUUCCCAGCGCAGCCAUUUCCUCCAGCCCUAGGAGAAGAGACAUUCAUGUCGACUCUUCUAGAGUAACAUUCCACAUGAAAUGUCUAAACAAAGACGACUUUGACUUGUGGAUGGGAGCACUUAGAAAAUUCACUCCCACUGGCAGCGAGAUGGAAAAGGUCCUGACGAGGCGGUCAUUAUCCAGGGGGAUCAGCCUCGGGCAUCAGACUGGAAAGUUCCAGCAUGCAACUAUUGUCCUAGAUGAAAUGGGCAGAACUAUUGACGAUAUAUCGAGGAAAUGUUAUCCAACUGAAGAAGAUGAACAAGGGAGCGUGAAGAGCUCGGACAAGGGUCGAACAUCGAAUGUCAGACCUAAGGAAGACAAAGCCCAUCCGCUCCUAUCGAUAUUCAAGAAGCCUGGGAACUCAUCUACAGGAAGCCGUAGUAAACCAAGUUCUGCUAGGGAUGGACUGCCAAGUAGUGUGUCGAGCACGCAUAUUCCGGAGGAACUAGCACCCCUCUUAUCGAGACUGCGCGAGCAGCACGGCGUCCUUUCGGAUCUGUUGCAGGGCAUGUCACCUGUUCUAGUACACCGUAGGAUGCCGUUCCAAGAGACUAUAAACGAGGAAGGUGCACCGACUCCUGGGGCAAGGAAUGCAUCGUCCUGGUCCUCAUAUAGGUCAUCUAUGUCCACAGUGACCGACAGUGGCAGCGUUUUCUUUGAUGCACUAGACGCUGAUGAAUUUGGCGCGGAGGAAUACGUAGUACAAGAGGACCAAGUGGAAGAGGAGCGAGACAGUGCAAAGGGGGCCCCGUCAAUGGACACAAAGAGUUCAGUACAGGAAUAUGAAGACGAGUGUACUGACGUGCAGGCUGAAGACGACACACCAUAUGAAUCGCCCGGCUUGCUGAUUGACAGGAGAACAAGGUUACCCGCGAGACCGCCUACCGACGAAGGGAGCUUGUUCACUAUUCUCAAGAAGAAUGUGGGACAGGAUCUCUCGAAUAUAAGCUUCCCCUGCUCCUUCAAUGAACCUCUUACCCUGCUCGAGCGGACUGCAGAAGAGCUUGAAUAUUACGAGUUAUUGAAUAACGCCGCUUCGACUUCAGAUUGGGUCGAGCGUAUUUGUUAUGUUGCGGCAUUUGCUGUCUCUGGAUAUGCAUGUACCCGGUUCAGAUCAGGUCGCAAAGGAUUUACACCACUUCUCGGUGAGACCUUCGAGGAGGCAAGGUUCAAUUUCGUCGCGGAAAAAGUUGUGCACAAACCCCUGGUCAUCGCCUAUCAUGCGGACGGGCAGGGAUGGGAGUUAAAUGCUACGUCGUCUGGGAAAACUAAGUUUUGGGGGAAAAGCUUCGAGAUUAUACCCACCGGUAUCACUAAACUGCGGAUUGGAGCAGAUACCUUUGAAUGGAACAAGCCAUCCUCAUUCACUCGAAAUCUAAUGAUGGGUACUAAGUAUCUUGAACACUGUGGGGAGAUGAUCAUCAAGAACACCACUACAGGCGCGCAAUGCAAACUUGAUUUCAAAGAAACAGGCUAUUGGGCUUCCACUCCAAAUGUCGUGACAGGCAUCGUAUACUCACCAGAUGGUAAAAGUGUGAGUAGGCUUGAAGGAAAAUGGGAUGAACAGCUUGCCCAAAAGCUCGAUUCUCAGCAUCUGAAAGUGCUAUGGCGCGUGACACCUUUUCCCAGGGAUGCGACGGUGUACUAUGGAUUCACAUAUUUCGGCAUUUCUCUCAACGAAAUAACUCCUGACAUCAAGGACAAGCUCCCCUGCACAGACUCACGCUUCCGACCAGACGUAAGAUCUCUGGAGGAAGGAGACAUAGAUGGCGCCGAGCGGGAGAAGAGCAGAGUUGAACAGCUGCAGCGCGAGCGCAGGCAAAGAGGACAGGAUCCGAAGCCCCGCUGGUUCCGGCAGAUUGACGGCUCCGAAGAAUGGGUUUAUGGUGGCGGUUAUUGGGAAGCGCGUCGUGCCGGAUGGAAAGACAUGGAUAUAAAGCCACUUUGGUGAUAAUGACGUGGUAAGAAAUAGAAAAUAGCUAUCGAAGGACAUGGAUCGUCGCAGUGCUAUAAAUGGCAAAAGAACAUAGAAACAC